AUGGAAAGUAUGGAUGUCGCCCAGGAAAGUACUUCUUCAGCAUCUACGCCCGCAACAGAAAAUGGACCAGAUAAAAAUGUUACUGCCGAAGAGAUGACCUCGCGUGAUUAUUAUUUUGAUUCAUACGCACAUUUCGGUAUACACGAGGAAAUGUUAAAAGACGAAGUUCGUACACUUACAUAUAGAAAUGCUAUGUACCACAAUAAGCAUCUCUUCAAAGGAAAAACUGUCUUAGACAUAGGCUGUGGUACGGGCAUAUUGUCAAUGUUUGCGGCCAAAGCAGGGGCUGCUAAAGUUAUAGCGGUGGAGUGCUCCAACAUAGUUGACUACGCUCGUAAGAUUGUUGAGGCUAACAGACUUGAUGAUGUCAUAGAAAUUGUUAAAGGAAAAGUCGAAGAAGUGGAGCUGCCUGUAGAAAAGGUGGACAUCAUUAUAUCUGAGUGGAUGGGUUACUGUUUGUUCUAUGAGAGCAUGUUGGACACGGUGUUGUAUGCUCGGGACAAGUGGCUGCAGCCCGACGGCAUGCUGUUUCCUGAUAGAUGCACACUGUUCAUCUGUGGUAUUGAAGACCGUCAGUACAAAGAUGAGAAGAUCAACUGGUGGGAUGAUGUGUACGGCUUCGACAUGUCCUCUAUCAGAAAGGUGGCUAUAUCGGAGCCACUCGUUGAUGUUGUUGAUGCUAAACAGGUUGUCACAAAUUCGUGCUUAUUGAAAGAAAUAGAUCUGUACACAGUCAAGAAAGAAGAUCUCAACUUUGAAUCAAAGUUCCAUCUUCAGGUCCGACGCAAUGAUUUCAUUCAGGCGUUAGUGACAUUCUUCAAUGUAGAGUUCACUAAGUCACACAAGCGACUGGGCUUCAGUACAGCCCCCGAGGCUCCCUACACACAUUGGAAGCAGACUUGCUAUCAUGUCAUUCCUUAUUUAUAUUUCCAGGUUAAGAAAGGUGAGGAGAUAACUGGUACGUUCUGUAUGCGUCAGAAUGCUCGCAACAACCGAGACCUGGACUUUGAAGUCGAGCUGUCCUUCAAGGGCGAGCUCUGUCAAGUGCAGGAGAGGAAUCACUACCGCAUGCGUUGA